AUGUAUGUCAGCGGCGAGAUUCAGAUUGUGCCCAUUGGCUCAGAGGUUUCCUUCACCAGAUACAUCGCCAAGGUCAAAACAAUUCUCAACGAAUCAGGCCUCCAGCACACCAUGCAUGAUUCAGGUACUAACUUCCAAGGUGACUACGCAUUAGUAGCGCGUGUCAUCCAAGACUGUAUGGAAUCGGUUCUUGAAAAUGGGGCGCCGCGCGUCCUAUGCUAUGCCAAGUUUGGCGCGCGCACUGACAAGGACUACUCGCAAGAGCUGCCUGCCGCCGAGAAAGUCAAGAAAUAUUUGGAGACAAGCUCGGUCAAGGACAACUAG